AUGGAGCCUCAAUUUGUGAGAGAGCGCCCGGUUCAAGCAAUAGAAAGUGGGCAGUCGCCGGCGUCCGAAGCAGACCAAUGGAGCAAGAUCAUCUCCAACGACCACCCGCGAGCCUUGGAAAGUCGCCGCAUCGCCUAUCUGGGCGAAUCAUGGACGCUGUCCUUCAUGAUCCAGUGGAAGUCGCGUGAGAGCGUGGCCAGCCCCGAGGGAGGCGGCGAGCACGGGCUUUCGCCGUCUGGAUCGGAUGACAAGCUCGGUGGCCUGCAUGUUGCUGUACCUGUAGACCCGGAGGACACCCCCUCGCCGCGCAUGCUGCGGCCGUCUGGCGCCAUCCGAGAACAGCAGCUGCCGAUUGAGAUUCAAAUGGCCCUCAUUGACGCAUAUUUCACACACAAUCAUGUUUUUUAUCCCGUCAUCUUGCAGCAGGAGUUUCGUCAGUCAUUCGCGUCUGGAAGUGUCUCAGAGCUGCUGUUACCGGCGGUACUGUACACUGGCGCUCUCCACGCUUCGGAUGGCGUGAUAUACCGUGCGGGUUUUGAGAAUCGUGAAGCGUGCCUCCUGAAGCUGUACAAGGUGGCAAAGAAGGUCUUCUUCGACGACGAGCAUGAGGGAGAGGUGGGAGAUCAGCUGCCUCGCGUCCAGGCCGCCUUUCUCUUGCAAAACAUGUGGCCCAGUCCCAACGCCAUGAUGGACCCCUGGUCUUGGCUUGGCCUAGCUAUUCGACUCGCACAAAACAUGGGUAUGCAUCGCAGCACGGCACGCUCAUCUCUGAGAGUGGAGGAGCAGAACUUAUGGAAGAGGAUAUGGUGGGCACUUUAUUCCCGAGAUCGACAAAGUGCCAGCGCCCUCGGCAAACCCCAAAUGAUCAACGAUAUGGACUGUGAUGUAGAACGACUUACACCCGCAGACUUCGAAAGCACGGACAGCAACGAGAUGCGUCUUUUUGUCAUCGAGCAGGCAAAGUUGGCCGAGUUUGCUGGACAAAUCAUUGUGUCGAGGUUCAUUCCUGGAUCACACCAUCUGCGUAGCGGGGAUGACAGAGCAACGCUGAUGAAGAGUCUUAUUGCCUGGAGAGAGGCGGUGCCUGACUGUUUGCAACGGUUAAAAUAUGCCGACGUGGCACAGGUGCCGCUUCAGGGGCUAUUCCUCGAAGUUCUUUUCAAUAACCUUCUACUAUUGCUUCACCGCCCUCGUAUCACCGGCAGCGAUGCCGCCGGUGGCUUCGAAAACGACAAUGAGUCCUGGAAGAUCGCCUUCGACGGAGCGAGAGCAAUCACGCUCAUCACGGAGUGUAUCAUGAAUUACAAGUCCCUAUACCAAUGCCCGCUGUUCUACACCUCUGCACUUUUCGGCGCCAUGACGAUGCACGCCAUCCGGGGUCCAGCCGCGGAGCAUCAGCUCUCGGUGUGCAUGAUCGCCAUGCGGACGCUAUCCAAGAUGUACUGGGCCGCGGGCUGGAUCCGCAACAUCUUCCAGAAGCUGGGCGAGAAGAAGCAGAAGAACUUUCACGGCGUGUACACAUCAGGCGUCCCCACCCGGGUCCCGUCUCCCGUGCCGGAAAGCAACGAUCAGAGCCAACCGCAAGCGACCGAGCCAGUCGAGCCAGUCGAGCAUAUGCAACCAAAUCUGGAGCCGCCGGUACCUCAUUCUGAGCCCGCACACGCAGAAGCUAGCAGGCUAGACUGCCACGAAGCCGCACAGAUACCGAACAUCCCUCAGCCUGACUCCAGUUUAACCGGCAUUCACUACAUCCCCUUUGCGUCCACUGUCCACGAUCCUACAGCCCUCCAUGCAUUUGGGCAUGACCAAGAUGCCAGGAAUAUGGUUGGCUACAUGGAUUACCCCAUGAUAGACCACUCGGGCCUUGCGAGCAUCGAUCCGGACUUUGCAGACUGGUGGCAGGAUCUCCUGACAACGGAUAUUCCUUUCAGCAACCCCUUCAUAACCGGAGGAGUAGCCAGGUGA